AGAUAAAUAUGCAGCUGUCCAAAUUCUUCCAAAAACCACAGCUUCUGUUCCGAGUUGCUCAGCCGAAGGACAAGGAGAACAUCCUGAAGUUCUUGGAUGCUCAUUUCGCGAAAGAGGAACCAUGUGCUAGAGCGCUCAAACUUUCCCCUGAAACAUCUCGUGGAAUCUUUACAACUACUGUAACUCGUUGCCUCAAUUUCCCAUUUUCUACCGUAGUUCUUCAAGAAAAUGACGAGAUUGCAGCGUGCCUUUUAGCUUCUGUAUGGAAUCGAACAGACCCAAUUGAUAGUGCAGAUUUCAAUAGUUCGGGAAUGCCGGAAAAUUUGAAACUUUUUGUCCAAUUCAUCAACUCCGCCCACUCAAACUUUUGGAAAAUUGCUCCGCCAAACGUUAAUUCCAUUAUUCAUAGAGAAAUCGGAAGUGUCGCCCCACAGUUCACAAGAAAAGGAAUUGCAACAAGGAUGGUAACUACAAAUAUGACUAAAACUAAUUUGAAAAAAUAUAAUAUUGGUGGAGUUCUCUCGGAAACAUCGUCUCUCGCAAAUCAGAUAGUUCUCCAAAAAGCUGGAUUCAAGUGUCUCAAAGAGCUACCCUACUCUGCAAUAGUUGAUUCAAAAGGCAAUCGUGUACUUCGACCGGAUGAUGGAACAACUUCUCUUUGUCUCAAUUUCAAGCCAAUUGAAGAAUACGAAAACCUACCAGAAUGAACAAUAGAUCUAUUAAAUUGUGAUGUAAUAAUUAUUAAAAUUGAAAUUGUAUUUCAUCCUCUCUAAUUGUAUUUAAAAAUGUAAAAACUUAAUUUUAACUGGAAAAUAAACUUAUCUUUAUU